GCGCGGCGCGGUGCUGGGCUGCGCUGAGCUCCGCGGCCGGAGCUGCGCCCGCCCCCGCUGCUGCGCGCAGCCCGCUUUGUGCCGGCAGCCGCGGCAGGACGGCCGGAAAGCCAUGGAAGAGUUAAUAGUUGAGCUGCGCCUGUUUCUUGAACUUCUGGACCAUGAAUAUCUAACUUCCACUGUCAGGGAGAAGAAGGCAGUAAUAACUAACAUUCUCCUGAGGAUACAGUCAUCAAAAGGUUUUGAAAUAAAAGAACAUGUACAGAAGCAAGAAGUCGCCAACAGUUUGCCGGCGCCUCCUCAAAUGCCUCUGCCAGAAAUACCUCAGCAGUGGCUGCCACCAGAUAAUGGGCCUCCACCAUUACCAACAUCUUCCCUUCCUGAAGGCUAUUACGAAGAGGCAGUGCCACUUAGUCCUGGGAAGGCUCCUGAGUAUAUCACUUCCAAUUAUGACUCAGAUGCUAUGAGCAGCUCUUAUGAAUCCUACGAUGAAGAGGAGGAGGAUGGAAAGGGGAAGAAAAUGAGACAUCAGUGGCCUUCCGAGGAAGCCUCUAUGGAUCUGGUGAAGGAUGCCAAAAUCUGUGCCUUCCUUCUUAGGAAAAAACGAUUUGGGCAAUGGACCAAACUACUGUGUGUUAUCAAAGAAAACAAACUACUGUGUUACAAAAGUUCCAAGGACCAGCAGCCCCAGAUGGAACUGCUCCUAAAUGACUGCAGUAUCACGUACAUUCCCAAAGACAGCAAAAAGAAGAAGCAUGAGCUGAAAAUCUCACACCAAGGAGCGGAUGCCCUGGUUCUGGCAGUGCAGAGCAAAGAGCAGGCGGAACAGUGGCUAAAGGUUAUAAAAGAUGUGUGCAGCAACUGUACGGGAGCUGUAGACUCUGAUGGGCCAUUGUCUAGUUCUCCAGUACACAAGACAGAGCUGGAAAAGAAGUUGUCAUUUGAGAGGCCAAGCUCAGAUGGGGAGGGUGCUGUGGAAAAUGGCAUAACGACCGUGUGCAAUGGGAAAGAACAAGUGAAGAGGAAAAAAAGUUCAAAAUCAGAAGCCAAGGGCACCGUGACUAAAGUAACAGGGAAAAAAAUAACGAAGAUCAUUGGUUUAGGAAAGAAAAAGCCGUCAACAGAUGAACAGACCUCAUCAGCUGAAGAAGAUGUUCCAACGUGUGGAUAUCUCAACGUGCUCUCAAAUAACCGUUGGCGUGAGCGCUGGUGCAGAGUGAAAGAUAAUAAACUCAUUUUCCACAAGGACAGGACAGAUCUGAAGACGCAUAUUGUUUCUAUCCCUCUCCGUGGCUGCGAAGUCAUCCUGGGACUGGAUUCGAAGCAUCCCCUGACCUUCCGCCUGCUCCGAAACGGGCAGGAGGUCGCUGUGCUCGAGGCAUCCUCCUCCGAAGACAUGGGCAGAUGGAUAGGAAUUUUGCUGGCAGAAACGGGGUCUUCAACAGACCCCGGAGCUCUGCACUAUGACUACAUUGACGUGGAAAUGACAGCAAGUGUCAUCCAGGCUGCAAAACAGACCUUCUGUUUCAUGAACAGGCGAGUUAUAUCUACAAAUCCGUAUCGGGGAAGCACUGCCAAUGGCUACGCCUGUCCGAGUGGAAUGGCACUUCAUUACGAUGAUGUUCCCUGCAUAAAUGGAUCGUGGGAACCAGAAGAUGGCUUUCCUUCUUCUCGUAGCAGGAACAUUGGAGAAGAAAUGCUUUAUGAUAACGCAGGCCUGUACGAUAACUUGCCGUCUCCAAAAAUCUUUGCGCGCUAUCCACCAGCUGACAGAAAACCCAAUAGGUUAUCUACUGACAAACCCUCCUCUAACCAUUACAAAUACCCUGUCUCAUCCAAUCUGUCUUCUGCUCAGUCUGUCACUAAUACCUCUGCUGUGGGGAGGGGAUCUGGCUCGCAGUUUAAAGGCAAGAAGCCUCCUGCGACUGCUAAUGGGGUCACCGGAAAGGGGAGAACUUUAAAUAGCCAGCCGAAGAAAUCUGAAUCGGUAUCAUGUGUGAAGCGCACUGCAUCCAAUGCGGAGCAGUACAAAUACGGCAAGAAUCGUGUGGAGGCAGAUGCAAAGAGGUUACAAAGCAAAGAGGAGGAGCUGCUAAAGAGGAAGGAAGCACUCCGGAAUAGGCUGGCCCAGCUUAGAAAAGAAAGAAAAGAUCUACGAGCUGCUAUUGAAGUCAAUGCUGGCAGGAAGACCCAAGUGAUUCUUGAAGACAAGUUAAAGAAGUUGGAAGAGGAGUGUAAGCAGAAGGAGGCUGAGCGUGUAAACCUGGAGCUAGAACUGACCGAGGUGAAGGAGAGCCUUAAGAAAGCCUUGGCUGGUGGCAUCACACUGGGCUUGGCUAUCGAGCCCAAGUCAGGAACAUCAAGCCCACAGUCUCCAAUUUUCAAGCACCGAACUUUGGAAAACUCUCCAAUCUCCAGCUGUGAUACCAGUGAUACUGAAUGCUCAAUACCUGUGAACAGCGCAGCAGCUCUGAAGCGACCUCCCUCGUCAAAUAGUUCACCAUGUCGAGGCCAUGUCCUUCGAAAAGCAAAGGAAUGGGAGAUGAAAAAUGGAACAUAAAUAUAGCAAAAGCACUCACUUUCCAUAAAGGCCUUACCUAUUAUGGACCAAGACAUAGGCUGCAAAAGACUCAUCUGAAAGGUGGUAUCAAGCGAUACAACAUAAGAGGUUUUAUAAUUCUGUUAAGUUAAUGGUAGCUUGGCGCUAAUUUGCCUGUAUUCCCUCUACUGUAUUGCUGUGUAACUAUGUGUGCCCCUUUUUGUUAGCUGUAAAUCUUUACUUCCAACUUCACUGGUAAAGAAAAUGAAAACCAAAAAACCCAAACCAACCAUAGUAAUUAAAAAGGAGCAUAAAGUCGCCGUUGAAAGUUUACUUUGCUGAAACAGCAUAGACCAGCAACUGUAUUGCAUCAGAUGGCCUGAACACCACUGAAGACUGGUGCAUUAAGACCGAUGUGAAAUCGUAACUCUUACAGGUUAAAGCUGACUCUCGAGGUCUGCCACAGAGGUGGCUGAGCGAAGUCUUGCUCAUUAGCAGUCGCUUUGCUGUUAGCUGUUCGUGUGGCAAAAGCAAACUGAAGAAAUGUAUUCACAGAAAUGGCGUGGCUUGCUUGGCUGGGAAGGCAGGAGCUCUUCAGUGCCGCUGUCCUCUACGCUGGUGUGAGACUGUGGGAUGAACACAACUCAGCUGUGGAGCAUUUUUUGGAUACUUUUUAGACAGAUGCUUUUGUCGUUGGGAGAUAAAAAGCUGCCAUACUUUGAAAAAAAUGCAUUUUAGUACAUUCUCUUUAUUGCUAUUCUGAAGUACCAGUCGUUUUCAAAGGUCAUGUUGUUGAACUAUGACUUGUUCCUGAUUUUUUUAAAAGGCAAACAGGUGUUUUUAGAUACUGCUUCUUUUCUAUACUUUUUGAAAAAGAAAAGGAAAACAUUAUUGAAAUUAAUCUUCAACAGAUAAUGGCAACUCAGAAUAGCUUAUGCAGUCAGUCUUGUUUUGUUUUUUAUAAUAUAGUAUUGUUAAACUUGAGUUAUAGAACACUGCUGUACUUAGUUUCCUUCGUCUUUUCAGACCUCAGCUAUUAUUUUUGAGGAAGGCGGACUGAAAAGAUGAUAAUUUCCAGACUCUUUUAUAAACAAUUUUACAAAGAAUUGGGGAUUUUCUCAGACAGGAGUCCAUUUCUGUUUACUAGGAAACAGUGUCUUGCAUUUUAGUCUGUAAAAUUAUAGAAAUCUGUUCUUCUUUGUCUCCAUCCAUGUCACUCCUGAGAACUUACAUGCAGUUAAUUGCCAACUAAAGUCCUUCAAAAUCUCAAGAUUGGCUUUAAAAAGUCAGAAGAGAGCGAGGGGAAAAAAACCACAUCAUGAGUUGGGUUCUUUUAAUUUUUUUCUCUGUGUUUUUUUUAAGCCUUUGGAGAGCCUUCAAUCACAUUCUCAAGAUUUUUUUCCUCCUCAACUGGGAGGACUAGCAAAUUACUUUAAUUAAAAAAAUUAAACUACUACUUAGAUUUUGAGAUAAUCACAGAUGUUAGGGCUGGAGUCUUGAUAAUUAGUUAAGACUUGCAAUUAAAACCACAGAAGUUGGCAAGACAGCAGUUAUCAAGGAUCACAUCCCUUUAUGGCCCAGCCUAUAGUUUGUCUCUUACCUUUAGGAAUAGGUGUGUGUAACUCCGGAGGGGUACACCGAGAUUCCCAGCUGAGCUGGAUGCCAGAGAACUUUCUGCAGGAGCUGGUGGGAUUUGAAGGCACAGAGCUAUCAGAAAGACCUGAUAGCUGCCAGGACACAGGGCUGUGUCCUGUUCCCAAAUGCAAUCAGUGCCAGGGAUCCCAUUGACCGUAGCACAGUAGAAAUGGGGCCCAACACGAGAAAAGGCUCUUUGCUUCUUGGGACUGUGCUUUGUACAAAGUGCCGCAAGAAUGCAGAUACAGUAGGGAAGCAAGUGUCAGUGUGGUUUUCACUGAAAACAGGAUUUUUUUUGUAUUAUUUUAGGUCAUCUGCUUACUUACUAACUCUAUAAGUGGAGGGCACAUUCUAUGCUGUAUGACUAUGGACUAAACAGUAUCAAGUUCCCACAAAUAUUAGCAGAAACAAAUUUGAAGCAAAAGUUCAUUUAGGCUUUUUAUUUCAAAUUAAGUUAUUUAUUUGUAUAUUUCAAUAAAUAUUUAAUUUAUAUCUGUACAUAUUUAUGAUGCAAAUUAGGCUUCUAGUCAACGUUUGCAAUGAUGUAACAGUUGCCAUUAAGAAGUGGUCCCGCAUCAAGUAAUGCAGAGUAGUUAAAAGCCAAAUCACCUGUCCUGUUUACCCAAUAUUGGCAUUGUAUCUUCCACCCCCUGUAUCCCAUGAAAAAAAAAAAAAAAUCCUUGGCAAAGACAGGUUUUAAUCCAUGCCUGAGACGGAAGUGUGCAAACUUCCGUCCGAGCAAAGAGAAAUGGCGUGGUGCUGGGGCCGCGCACACAACCCCAGCCCCGGUGCCGCAGCCUUCUGCUCUGCCGUAGACGCUGGUCACCCUCGGCACCUAUAGCACCCGCUGCGGCAGGGGCUGCCGGCAAAAUAAAGCAUCUUUUGCCUUUCCUGCAGCAAAGGCUCCAUAAAGCCACCACCGCCCCCUCGCCCCCAACCCGGCAUGGACUGUAAUUGUAUGUCUCUAAUGUAUAAGAAGUACAUUGGUGCCAUCACAAUUUGCCUUAGUAACACGUCUAGUCUAUAUAAUGGCCAAGGUUUUGAAAGGAGGAAAACCAAAAAACCCUCGGGAAAUAACCUCUCUAUAGACCACAUUUGGUGCUGUGAAAUGUACUCUGUUUUCUUGAAUAGUACUAUUGCUGCACAAUUUUUUAUAAAAAGCGACACAGCUUGUAUUUUCACCGUUUUUAGAUUUCAGGAUCACCAGGCAAAGUCAGCGAUAGAGCAGCAUGACUUUCAUUUUAAAGGAAAACUCUUGUAUUUUAAACCAUUUCUAUGUCUUUUAAGAAAAUGUUACACUUGUGCUUCCUCAACAAACUCCUGUUACUGUACCAGGUGCUUUUUUUUAUUGUUUUUUUAUGGGUGAUGCUUUUUUUAGAAAAAAACAGAUCAUAACUUUAGGGGAUCAAAGGUGGUUUUUUUAAUGAGAUGAUUGUGGCAAUUUGAUUUUUCAAAUGGAGAAUACUUCAUUUAGUAUCAAUUUUUGUUAAAGACACUUUCAAAUUAAUUGGCCCAGGCUGUAUGUUGUAAGAUAAUGUUCUCGUAUUAAGAAUGUAAUUAUUUCCUUACUGUAUUUUUUAAAAAACAAAAUCAUAUUUAAAAAAACUCUGUGAAAAAAGCAUGAAAGAAACAUGAAAAUUUUUUUGUUUUAUUUUUUUUAUUGGAUAUGUUGGCAGUGCCCAUUAUAAUUGACUGUAAAUAUAGUCUUUCUACUGUAUUUCUCAAUGUAUUUAAGUUUUUUGACACACAUUCAUGGAAACUUCUGUAAAAAAAAAAAAAAAGGUCCAAAAUAGACCCACCUUCAAAUGUGUGUCUUAGUAGCUUCAACUAACUUUAUGCCUUUCUAGUUUAUUCUUCAGAAAGUCUUACAGAGUGUGAAAAAAGACUGGCAUCUGGUAGGUGCGACAGAUCCAAGACCAUUAUUAAUAAAGUUACCUGUCAAAGAAA